CCGACGCACUUGGCGGGAGAUAGGAAAGUGGUUCUCUGCGCUCCCGAGGCAGCUGCAGUUCCUGAGAGCGCGCGACGAGACCUGCAGACACACAGACACACAGACGCCUCAGAGCGCCGCCUGGGGCCGGGAGCGGCCGGAGCAGCCCGAAUCCUGACCCCGGCCCGGCUCCCGCUCCAGGCUCGGCCGGCGGGCGUGAGGGCGCGGCGCGGCGCGGCCCGGGCCGGGGGGAUGUCUCGGCGGACGCGCUGUGAGGAGCUGGAUGAGUUACACUACCAGGACACGGACUCAGACCUCCUGGAGCCAAGAGACAACAAAUGCAAGGUCAAAUGGACCCAUGAGGAGGAUGAGCAGCUGAGGGCCCUGGUGAGGCAGUUCGGACAGCAGGACUGGAAGUUCCUGGCCAGCCACUUUCCUAACCGCACAGACCAGCAAUGCCAGUACCGGUGGCUGAGGGUUUUGAAUCCAGACCUCGUUAAGGGACCAUGGACCAAAGAGGAAGAUCAGAAGGUCAUUGAGCUGGUCAAGAAGUAUGGCACAAAACAGUGGACUCUGAUUGCCAAGCACCUGAAGGGCCGGCUGGGGAAGCAGUGCCGUGAGCGCUGGCACAAUCACCUUAACCCUGAGGUGAAGAAGUCCUGCUGGACCGAGGAGGAAGACCGUAUCAUCUGUGAGGCCCAUAAAGUGCUGGGCAACCGCUGGGCUGAGAUCGCCAAGAUGCUGCCCGGGAGGACGGACAAUGCUGUGAAGAAUCACUGGAACUCUACCAUCAAGAGGAAAGUAGACACAGGAGGCUUCCCAAGCGAGUCCAGAGACUGCAAGCCUGUCUACCUGCUUUUGGAGCUUGAGGACAAGGACCGCCACCAGAGUGCCCAGCCCGUGGAAGGCCAGGGAAGUCUUGUGACCGGCUGGCCCCUGGCGCCCUCUGCUGUGAAGGAAGAGGAGAGCAGUGAGGAGGAGGCUGCAGCUGCUGCUGCUUGUGCUAAAGAUCAGGAACAGGAGCCUGUGCCCCCUGAUCUGGGAGAAGUGCACACCCCAGAGCCCCUGGAGUCCCUCAAGCGUGAAUAUCAGGAGGACUCCUCGCCAGAAACCAGCCUGCCCUACAAAUGGGUGGUAGAGGCGGCAAACCUCCUCAUCCCUGCUGUAGGGUCCAGCCUCUCUGAAGCCCUGGACUUGAUAGAGUCGGACCCUGAUGCUUGGUGUGACCUGAGUAAAUUUGAUCUUCCCGAAGAAGCAUCCGCCGAGGGCAGCGUCAACAGCAGCCCAGUGCAGCCCCAGACCUCAUCACAGCAGCAGCAACAGGCACCCUUCUCCCGACAGACCGCCACACCAGGGCCCAGCAUGACUGAGUAUCGGCUCGAUGGUCACACUAUUUCAGACCUGAGCCGGGGCAGCCGCGGGGAACUGAUCCCCAUCUCCCCCAGCACUGAGGUUGGGGGCUCAGGCAUUGGCACACCACCCUCAGUACUCAAGCGACAAAAGAAACGGCGUGUGGCCCUGUCGCCUGUCACAGAAAACAGUGCCAGCCUGUCCUUCCUGGACUCCUGUAACAGUCUUACCCCCAAGAGCACACCCGUCAAAACCCUUCCCUUCUCUCCUUCCCAGUUUCUGAACUUCUGGAACAAACAGGAUACCCUGGAGCUGGAGCCCUCACUGACGUCCACCCCGGUGUGCAGCCAAAAGGUGGUGGUCACCACACCCUUGCACAGGGAUAAGACGCCCCUGCACCAGAAGUAUCCAUCGUUUGUCACCCCAGAUCAGAAGUACUCCAUGGACAACACUCCCCACACGCCAACCCCGUUCAAGAAUGCCCUGGAGAAGUACGGACCACUGAAGCCCCUGCCCCAGACCCCUCACCUGGAAGAAGACUUGAAGGAAGUGCUACGUUCGGAGGCUGGCAUUGAGCUCAUCAUUGAGGAUGAUGUGAGGCCUGAGAAGCAGAAAAGAAAGCCUGGGCUGCGACGAAGCCCUAUCAAGAAAGUCCGAAAGUCUCUGGCUCUUGACAUUGUGGAUGAAGAUGGGAAGCUGAUGUCUACACUGCCCAAAGCUCUGUCCUUGCCAACAAGUGUCCCGUCCAGUUCCUCUAGCUUCACUCUGCCAGGUAUCAAAGAAGACAACAGCCUGCUCAACCAGGGCUUCCUGCAGGCCAAACCUGAGAAGCUGGUGGCCACCCAGAAGGCCCGGAGCCACAUUCCAGCCCCUGCCCCUAUGACCAGCGCCUGGAAGAUGGUGGCCUGUGGAGGCACCAAAGACCAGCUCUUCAUGCAAGAGAAAGCCCGGCAGCUCCUGGGCCGCUUAAAGCCCAGCCGAUCAUCUCGGACCCUCAUUCUGUCCUGAAGGGGCUUAGAGGGCACAAGCCUGUUUUCAUGUUUACAGGGGCUAGGGUGGGGGUGAGGUAUGCAUUGAAAUCACAUUCAGGUGAUCAGCUUCAGGAAGUCGUCUGCUGUCAGCCCCUCAGACUACUCAGUGGCAGCAGAAGGAACACACUAUAUCCUGUCCCCAGGUCUAGCUUCGUGAAGUUCCUGGUGCUAACAGAACAAAGUCCCACUCCUGGGCCUGUCUGUCCUGCCCCCGAUGCCACAAGGAGCCCUGUUAGCUUCUCCCAAGCUCUCAGCAGGCCUGGCCUCAUCUCACCCCUGCUUAGGAUAGGGGGUGUGGCUAGGAGUGUUCCUUUUCUCAUCCCCCGUUGGUACAUUCUCUCCACAAUAAAAUGCCGUUCUCCCUA